AUGGAGGACACGCUUCUGCUGGGCCGGACCUUGCGCCCGAGGGGGCUCUGGGGUUUCUACCGCUUCCCUGACUGCCUCAACAGCAACUGGGCCAAGGAGGCAAACUACACUGGGCAGUGCCGGCUGGCAGAGGUGCAACGCAACAACCGGCUGGGCUGGCUCUGGGCCGCCUCGGCCGCCCUCUACCCCGCUGACCUGGUGCACACCAUUGGGGAGAGCGCGGCGCUGGGUGCGGCUGGAGUCGUGCUCUGGGGAGACAUGUCGUACUCCCGCUCAGCUGAGAGCUGUGCCAGCCUGCGCCACUACCUCACAUCUACCCUGGGUCCCUACGUGGCCAACGUGACAGCAGCAGCCCGGGAGUGCAGCUACAGGCAGUGCCACGGGCAUGGGCGCUGCGUGCGCCGGCAGCCCCAUGACCUAGGCAGCCUCCUGCACCUCGGCCCCGGCACUGGGCCACCUGCCUCUUUCCGCUGCCACUGCUACCGUGGUUGCCCUGCCGCCUCCUGCCUGGCGCCCACCCACCUUCAUGGUCUCUACGGGCACAAUGACCUCCCACCCUCCGACACUUGCUUGCCACGGGGCACAUGGGGCUGGUGA